UAUCUCUCAAGAAUUUAUCCAAAUUACUUUUCCCUUCUCUCGUCCCUAAGACAACAACGAACUUGUUUCAACCCUAAUAAUAAAACCACCAUGACUUGUUUCAUCGCUGUUGGCCAGUGUGGCAAUCAGAUUUCUAGAGAGCUACGAGCAACAGCAAACUUGAUCCAAGUCGACUCCGAGUCGAAGGUUGUCGAUAAGAAGCGAGGAAUCUACGAACAGUCUGGUCGUGGAUCGAACUGGGCUCUGGGGUAUAACGGAUAUCAAACAUCACGCCGUGGCUCUCAUCGGCAUAGUUCACAUGCCAGUCAACCUCUCCGGGAAGGCUCGAAACAAACCGCUUGGGACAGUGGUGGUGGCCACGGGCAUGAUCUGUACCUGGUACACCAAGUAAAAGCCCGAUUAAGAAAGCUUUUCGAGCAUGGUGGGGCAGACUAUACAGAUAGUGGUGGGGCAUCAUCUACUGUUGAUCAACAUAAAAAUUAUACCUCUGAAGAACAAGAGGAGCAGAGACGAGACAGACCCACAACCACAAGAAAUGGAGGUGGAAUAAAGCAGAUAGUUCUACUCCAUUCCGUUGCUGGUGGCACGGGCAGUGGUCUCGGUUCCCGUCUUUUAGAAGAGAUAGCAGAUUUGUACCCACGACACCGUCUGGCGUCAGCCGCUAUCUUACCUCUUCGUUCUUGCGGAAGCGAAACGUGUUUACAGAGUUACAACGCCUGUCUUACUUAAGGCCACCGCUGAUGCAUCCUCAGCACUAUCCUUGGCCCUUUUUCUACUUGAAAAAGAAGCCAGGGAUACUCUCAGGGAAGCAAACGCGCUAGCUCUAAUUUAUAGCGGCAUGGAUGCAGGAGUUUUGUGACGCAAAUCUGCUGUUCGAAAACGAGCAUUUGCUGUUUGGAACGGCUGGCGGUAGCUCGACGUCUAGACGGAGCGGUGUCGUGGAGAGUUGUUAUGAUUUUUUAUCGUCUCUACUUGCUUCAUGUUCAUUCUGAUACUACUAGAUGAGGUUUUUCCUGUCAUCGGCAUGUCACAAGAUUUCAACAUGAUAAGCGCUUUCUCAACACCCACUCCCUGACUCCACGCAGCACCCUUGUCAGGCUAUAAUGUCAAUCAAAUUUCCGAACAACACCGGGCAAGCAGCUCAGGGAAGGCGAACAAUGCGUUCAGCGAAGCAAACAGGCAGGUCGGAGAAGUGCUAAACUCCCUAGACUGGGAUUCGCUUUUUACGCAUGUGUGUCCCAUGCGACAGCUUCAUUUCGCGCAAGCUUACGCCUAUUCGUUGCCGAAGUCCGGGUUCGUAAAGUUUAUGGGGAAGACCGCAAUUGCAAUGUAAGUGCAUGACCAUGACCUACUUCUUGUUCUAGUUCUGCAUCGAGUACAUCAAGCUCUAAAGAAUCAAAUUUGACAAGCCGCGAACACGACGAGCAUCUGCAGUUCCUCAGACGGCACGUUUUACCUUCAGCCUUGCCACAAACUCCAGGAGAAAAUUCGAAGCGCGUAUUGUUUGCUGCGCAUGCAAGGACUAGAGGAAUAAACGGUGGGAUAUCAUUCCCGAGCAAGAACUGGAUCCCAGGCUAUGAAGCCGCAGAAUGGAAUCGACAUUUCGCCUACCUGGUGGACCAAGGUCGCGAAAUGAACGCUGACGUGGCUAUGACGAUAAAUUGGAGUCGGAGUGGAGACUUGCUUUUAAGAAGAUUGGAAUUUUUUCGGUUUUUUUUUGGUUGUACUGUCCCUCCAUAUGUAGGAUGUAGGAUGGACUUGGAUGGAUCGGAUGGACCUACCUAAAUCCUCGGGUCCUACUCGCAAUGCUUAUCAUAAGCGGAGCUGGGAAGUCCAUCCGUUCCAUCCGAUCCAUCCCAUCCUGAAUCCGGCGCCCCUUUAAAUUGUUCUAUUAAGUAUUUAAAGAUGCAUCAUGAAGAUGAUCAUCCAGCACCGAGAAGUGGGGUAAAGCAUUGAUGUAGUUAGUAUCAUCCUUUUUUUAAUCUUCCCCUUCAAAAUAAAAUCACCUCUACCUCCUCUAACAUCAUCCGCCUUCUUAACGAACGCCAGAAAGAAAUACAGAGGGCGUUGUUUUCUGCACGCCUUGGAGAAUCAUGGUGUCUAUUCACAGGAUGUAGAAGCUGCAUUAGACGUGGUAGACGCGGUAGUUUCGAAAUAUAGAGAGGGGUGAAGAUUAUUGGAGAUUGGAUCAAGAUCAAAAGGCAAUUACUAGAAAUUCAACGCUCCUCAUUUUACAUGCAAUUUUCCGUUUGCCCUUCACCUCACUAUCAUAUCGCAACAGACUGGGUACUAGCCUGCUAAUGCUGAAUGCGUUUUGUGUCCG